CGUGACGAGGAAGAGGAGGUGAAGAAGAAGGCUUUUGUUUUGGUGAAAUAGGACAUGUGCAAUUUUAGAAGGCAGUGUUGCAUUCAAAACUGCUUUGCGUUGUUGCAUUUUCCGAAGCACCCUCAUAUUCGCGCAUCAUUUUUGCCAAUUUUAUUUUAUCUAUGUUGUUCACUCGUGUGCCUAUUGAAUGAAGAUGACGACUAUAUCACACAGGGCUUUGGAAUCAGGAGAAAUUUGCCGAUUCUGUUUAUCAGAAGAAGGCAAAUUUGUGUCUAUUUUCAAGGAAGACGAUCUGCGCGAGGAGGAUGAGAGGGUAGCUUCUAGGAUCAUGUCAAUAACUCCUGUAGAGGUGCACGAGGGUGAUGGUCUUCCUGAAUUGGCCUGUCAAAGAUGUCUUUCAAUGCUUGAUCAAGCAGUUCGUUUCCGGGAUCAAGUUGAGAGAGCAGAUGCUGUUUUGAGGCAUAAUUAUGGUCGCCUUUGGCCUGAAACAAACCCCCAAUUACAGAAAUUAUUGAAAGAGGACCAAGUUGUUAAGAAAAAUGUAAAUGCUGAGUUCCCUGGAGUAGAAAGUGAUCAAUCAGCAGAAGCAGCAUGUGUGGUAACUUUAAAGCAUGACCAAGAUGAUGGAAGCCAGUCCCCUGUUUACGAUGAUGACUAUGACGAGCCCCAGGAUUACACUAUGGAUGAUGACGAUGAUGAUGAUGAAGGUAGUCGAGAUGAGCCUGAAGACCUGACUGAAAGGCCCAGCAUGGUUACUCCACCAUUUGGCUACUUAGACAUGAAUAAUCUCAAGAAUAUGUUCCAAGAGCAGCAAGAACCCAUAUCUUUGGCUCUCCGAGAAACUCAAAACACUACUGCACCCAAAAUACAACCAUCGCCUCUAACUAUUCCCAACAUUUCAGUUUCCUUGCUUCGUCAAAACAACAUAAUGCGAGUGGCACAGGCCCAAGCUCAAGCUCAGUCCCAAGCACAGGGCAAGGCCAGGCGAUGGCGCAAAACUAAUGAGCCAUGCACUAUUUGCGGUAAAUGCUUCAAAGACCGGUUCGCUAUGAAAGUUCACCUGCGUACUCAUUCUGGAGAGAAGCCAUUUGUGUGCAUGGUUUGUGGUAAGGCAUUCCGUCAGAAAGCUCAUCUGGGGAAGCACAGCUACACUCACAGUGCCCAGCGCAAACAGCAGCACCAGCAGGCAGCGUCUCAGCAAACUCAGCAGGGUUCUCCUUCCAACCAGCAGGCAACUUUGCAGCAAAAUCAGCAAGGCUCUCCAUCCAACCAGCAGUCUUCCAAAACUUCUUUACAGCCCUCUGCUACCAACGGUUUGAAUCCAGCUGAAGUGAAAGCCAAGUUGGCAAGACUAAGCACUAUUAUUCAAGCCAAGCCUGCGAAAACUGAACCUCAACCCAUCUCUGUGCCAAUUCCUGUUCUACCUCUUCUCCAGAAACAGCCUUCUCAAGGAUCAACUUUGUCCCCACCGCGUUCGUCAUCACCACCGUCACUGCACAAUUCUCCGUCCUCUGUUUCUCACAAACCUCAAAGUGAGCCACUCUCCCUUGUUCCCAAGACUUUAUCUCCACCAAUAAUUCCUAAGGCAUCUCCUCCACUUAUUCUUCCUAAACCAAUGUUAACCGUUCCUCAGAUAGCACCUAAAGGUGCCCAUAUGCCCAACCCAUCAGCAUCUGCUGUUGCUUUUUAUGUGAUGGCAAAUGGAUUGCUCCCACAGAAUGUAGUUGUUGGCAACGGGUCAGGCCUGAAAAAGUCAUAAUUUGGAACAUAUGUUGGUGAAAACGGGUCAAUGCUCAAAUGUACAACUACAGAAUUUGUUACUAUGCCUGUGCAUAGUUGUUAGAGUGAGUUGUUGGAACAGAGUCCAUGCAGAAAAAAGAUUCCUAAUAAGAAUUGACUUGCCUUUCUUCUGUCAUUUCUUUAUAGUUUUGUUUCUUUCGUUUGCUGUUUUUUCUAAAGUUCAUCGAUGUAUGUUUAGUGUGGAGUGAUGAAAAUGUUAUCUUUUAUUUGAUAACUUUUAAGAUAAUAGACUUUGUAUUUGACAUCAGACACUCCUUUUCUCUAUAUUUCAAUAUGUUUGUAGGCCUUUAAUAGCUUUGUUUGUUUCUUUUUGUUCUUUUCUCUUAUUUAAGUCGAAGAAUUAGUUAUGAUUGUUGUUAUGGAAUUGUAGAUUUCAUGAAAAAGUCUUCGACACUGGAACCUUUAUGGUUUUGUCUACUUGUUCCUCUACAGAAAUAACAUGA